AUGGAUGUCUCUCUUUGCCCAGCCAAGUGUAGUUUCUGGCGGAUUUUCUUGCUGGGAAGCGUCUGGCUGGACUAUGUGGGUUCCGUGCUGGCUUGCCCUGCAAAUUGUGUCUGCAGCAAGACUGAGAUCAAUUGCCGGCGGCCGGACGAUGGGAAUCUCUUCCCCCUCCUGGAAGGGCAGGAUUCAGGGAACAGCAAUGGGAAUGCCAGCAUCAACAUCACGGACAUCUCAAGGAAUAUCACUUCCAUACACAUAGAGAACUGGCGCGGUCUGCACACGCUCAACGCCGUGGACAUGGAGCUCUACACCGGCCUCCAGAAACUGACCAUCAAGAACUCAGGACUUCGGAGCAUCCAGCCCAGAGCCUUUGCCAAAAAUCCCCACUUGCGCUAUAUAAACCUGUCGAGUAACCGGCUCACCACACUCUCAUGGCAGCUCUUCCAGACGCUGAGUCUUCGGGAAUUGAGGUUGGAACAGAACUUCUUCAACUGCAGCUGUGACAUCCGCUGGAUGCAGCUGUGGCAGGAGCAGGGGGAGGCCCAGCUGAACAGCCAGAACCUCUACUGCAUCAGUGCCGACGGCUCCCAGCUCCCACUUUUCCGCAUGAACAUCAGCCAGUGCGACCUGCCUGAGAUAAGCGUGAGCCAUGCCAACCUGACCGUACGGGAGGGUGACAAUGCUGUCAUCACUUGCAAUGGUUCUGGAUCGCCCCUGCCCGACGUAGACUGGAUAGUCACCGGACUGCAGUCCAUCAACACCCACCAGACAAAUCUGAACUGGACCAAUGUACACGCCAUCAACCUGACGCUGGUAAAUGUGACGAGUGAGGACAACGGCUUCACCCUGACGUGCAUUGCAGAGAAUGUGGUGGGCAUGAGCAAUGCCAGCGUCGCCCUUACUGUCCACUACCCCCCACGCGUGGUGAGCCUGGAGGAGCCUGAGCUGCGCCUGGAACAUUGCAUCGAGUUCGUGGUGCGCGGCAACCCGCCACCCACACUGCACUGGCUGCACAACGGGCAGCCACUGCGUGAGUCCAAGAUCAUCCACGUGGAGUACUACCAGGAGGGCGAGGUCUCCGAGGGCUGCCUGCUCUUCAACAAGCCCACCCACUACAACAAUGGCAACUAUACCCUCAUCGCCAAGAACCCCCUGGGCACAGCCAACCAGACCAUCAAUGGCCACUUCCUCAAGGAGCCCUUUCCAGAGAGCACGGAUAACUUUGUCUCUUUCUACGAAGUGAGCCCCACCCCUCCUAUCACUGUGACCCAUAAACCAGAGGAAGACACUUUUGGGGUAUCCAUAGCCGUUGGACUUGCUGCUUUUGCCUGUGUCCUGUUGGUGGUUCUCUUUAUCAUGAUCAACAAGUAUGGUCGACGGUCCAAAUUUGGAAUGAAGGGUCCUGUGGCUGUCAUCAGUGGUGAGGAGGACUCAGCCAGCCCGCUGCAUCACAUCAACCAUGGCAUCACCACGCCCUCGUCUCUGGAUGCCGGGCCGGACACAGUGGUCAUUGGCAUGACUCGCAUCCCAGUCAUUGAGAACCCCCAGUACUUCCGUCAGGGACACAACUGCCACAAGCCAGACACAUAUGUGCAGCACAUUAAAAGGAGAGACAUCGUGUUGAAGCGAGAACUGGGCGAGGGAGCCUUUGGAAAGGUCUUCCUGGCCGAGUGCUACAACCUCAGCCCCACCAAGGACAAGAUGCUCGUGGCUGUGAAGGCCCUGAAGGAUCCCACCCUGGCGGCCAGGAAGGAUUUCCAGAGGGAAGCUGAACUGCUCACCAACCUGCAGCAUGAGCACAUUGUCAAGUUCUAUGGGGUGUGUGGCGAUGGGGACCCCCUCAUCAUGGUCUUUGAAUACAUGAAGCAUGGAGAUCUGAACAAGUUCCUUAGGGCCCAUGGGCCAGAUGCAAUGAUCCUUGUGGACGGGCAGCCACGCCAGGCAAAAGGAGAGCUGGGGCUCUCUCAAAUGCUCCACAUUGCCAGUCAGAUUGCCUCUGGCAUGGUGUACCUGGCCUCCCAGCAUUUCGUGCACCGGGACCUGGCCACCAGGAACUGCCUCGUUGGAGCUAACCUGCUGGUGAAGAUCGGAGACUUUGGCAUGUCCAGAGAUGUCUACAGCACUGAUUACUACAGGGAAGGGCUAUGCCAGAAGGGCCCACUCAGCGUGUCAUGGCAGCGGCAGAGGCUAGAAGCAUCGGCAGCUUCCACAGUGGGAGGACACACCAUGCUCCCCAUUCGUUGGAUGCCCCCUGAAAGCAUCAUGUACCGGAAGUUCACUACAGAAAGCGAUGUAUGGAGCUUUGGGGUGAUUCUCUGGGAGAUCUUCACCUAUGGAAAGCAGCCAUGGUUCCAGCUCUCAAACACAGAGGUCAUUGAGUGCAUCACCCAAGGUCGUGUUUUGGAGAGGCCGCGCGUCUGCCCCAAAGAGGUGUACGAUGUCAUGCUGGGGUGCUGGCAGAGAGAACCGCAGCAGCGGCUGAGCAUCAAGGAGAUCUACAGAAUCCUCCACGCCCUGGGGAAAGCCGCCCCCAUCUACUUGGACAUCCUUGGCUAGCGGUAGCCAGUGGCCGUGAAUUCAUAUUCUGUUGCCUCCUCUCUCCUGGCCUCACACCCCUUCUUUUCCACUGCACAGACUCUUUUCUUCCAUCCUUGACUGAAGCAAACAUCUUCAUAUAAACUCAAGUGCCUGCUACACAUACAACACUGAAAAAAAAAGGAAA